GACGAUAAAGCCGCUUUUGCGUCGGAUCCCAGCCGUAGCAGCCAUACAACCCUAGCUACAAAACCCAAAGAAAGAAAUCGUUCGAAAAAAUAGAAAACCCAGAGAAAGCUACGCGCGCGUCCAUUGCCAAAUAAACAGCAAUCCGCCACGGUUGAAGCAGUGGCUGGCCGGUCUCAAGGUUGAAGAGAACACCACCUGCACCAACACGCUUCGAUUCACACAGCAGCAGCAGCAACAGGACGCAGGUGUGCAGUGAGCCGCAGCUCGAUCGCCGCGAUGCGGGCGGGCGGAUACACGGUGCACCAGUCGCUCACCGCCGAGGCCGCCGCGGUGCUCAAGCUCUCCCUGGGCCUGGCGCGCCGCCGCGGCCACGCGCAGGUCACGCCGCUGCACGUCGCCUACACGAUGCUCGGCGGCGCCUCGUCGUCGUCCCCGGCGCCGCUCCUCCCCACAGCCGCCUCCACGCCGGCCUACAGCCUCCUCUGGCGCGCCUGCGCCAGGACCCACGCGAGCGCCGCGCCGCCGCCGCCGUACCCCUCCCAUCCGGCGCAGUGCCGGGCGCUGGAGCUCUGCUUCAACGUCGCGCUCAACCGGCUCCCGACGGCCAAUGCGGUGGCGGGCUCGCCGCUCUCGUCGCCGUCCUCGUCCUCGGCGUCGUCCACGUCCUUCGCCGCGUCCAUCCUCCACCAGCCCAGCCCGACGCUGUCCAACGCGCUCGUCGCCGCGCUCAAGCGCGCGCAGGCCAACCAGCGCCGCGGCUGCGUCGAGCUCCAGACCCAGCCGCCGUCGCCGCCUGGCCCGGCAUCCACCUCCCCGCAGCCGCAGCAGCCGAUGCUCACGAUCAAGGUCGAGCUGGACCAGCUCAUCAUCUCCAUCCUCGAUGACCCCAGCGUGAGCCGAGUGAUGAAGGAGGCCGGCUUCUCCAGCGCCGCCGUCAAGACCAACCUCGAGGAGGAGGGCGCCGCCAUGAUGCUCGGCCCCGGCCACCACCACGGCACCUCGACAACACCAUCAUCCUCCCCUGCUCUAGCGCCCGCCCAGGUCGUCCCGUCGUCGCUGUCCUUCCUGGAGCCGUGUGGCUACCCCGGCGGCGCGUCGUGGCCGGCGCCGUUCUUGAACUACCGGCCCGACGUCGAGCUCGAAUCGCCAAGCAAGGAGGAGGACGUGAGGGCGAUCCUGCAAGUGAUGUCGCGGACGUAUGGGGGAAGAACUAACCCCAUGGUCGUCGUCGUCGUCGGCGACUCGGUGUCCGUCGCUGAGGCAUCGGUCGCCGCGCUGGUGAGCCGCCUGCUGGAAGGAGGCGACGUCCCCGACGAGCUCCGCGGCGCGCGCGUCCUCCGGCUCCACCUCUCCCACGUCCACGUCCGGCUCAUGGCCAAGGCCGACGUGGACGCGUGCGUGGCGGACCUGCGCCGCACCGUCGCCGCCACGGCCGCAACAACCAACACCAGAACCGGAGGCCUGGUCAUCGACGUCGGCGACAUGCGCUGGGCCGUCGACGAGGACGAUGACGAGGCCCGCGCCGUGGCGGCGUCCGGCGGCUUCAGCCCCGCAGCGCACCUGGCCGCCGAGCUGGCGCGCCUGGUGGGCGAGCUCCGCGGCGGGCGCGCCUGGCUGGUGGCGGCCGCGAGCUACGGAACCUACAUGCGGUGCCAGCAACGGUCGUCCCUGGAGGCGACGUGGGCGCUGCAGCCGGUGGCCGUCCCCGCCGGCGCCGGCCUCGGCCUGGCGCUCGGCCCACGCGCCGCAACAAGCAUCCAAACGGACGGCAAUGUUGCCCAACUUGCAAAGUUUCCACUGAUGGAUUCCUCACCCGGAGAAGAGGAUGGCGUGCCGGUCAUGUGCGAGGAAUGCGCCAGGAGCUACGAGACUGAAGCAUCAGCUUUGAGAGCAAAGGCAGAGGGCACCAAUCUUGCGCUGACCUUCUUCCCUGGUUGGCCGCAGGCAGACGAGCCUCAGACGUCGCACAAGGAUGAUCUGAUGUAUCUGAAGAGGAAAUGGAGCAGGUUGUGCCGGAGGGUUCACUUGCAACGCAGCCAGCCGACUGGCCCGGCCAAUGCAACCACCUCCUCCCGCAAUCCGGGCCUCUGCUUAAGCUUUGGGACUAAGGAGAUCAAGCACCAGGUUGUGAAGACCACGCUCAGCCUGUUUCCUCCGGACUCCGCUGAGACGCUGGACGAGUUCCGCUGUCACAGGAGCGAGGACACGGACACGGAUGCAAAGCAAGCAACAGCGCAGGAAUCGGACACGAUGACUGAUUCCAUGGACAUGGAGAAUGUUCUGCAGCUGUGGACCGAUGAGCAGCCGUCUGGCGAUCUCAAGAGGAAGGCCGGUAAUGUCCGGCUGCCGAGGGAAUCCAAGCGCUGGAGGGGCGGUUGCAGCCUUGAUCUCAACCUCUGUGCUGACGGCGAGGAAAGUCAGGAUGGUGGCUGCACCAGCAGCGAAGAAGAUGAGCUCGUUCCAAGCGACUUAACGAACGACCGCCAAGGCAGCGGUGAUGGGACCGACAGCCUCGGCAGCCAUUGUUAGACUGUGGCCUUGGAUCGCCGAGCGAUGGCUCCAAUAAUCCAUGGUGGUAGGGACGCCGGAGAUGGAGGCAGCUGCUGGAGAGGAGGAGGUGGUCGUUGCUUCUCUUGCACAGGGUUUACAAUCCCGACCGGUCCGGUCCAACCGCCGCCCUCCGGUAGCGGUUUACUGGACCGGUUUGACCGGAAACUGGUGGAAACCGGUUGAAUUCUAAUCCAAAUUCAAAAUCGCAUGUGUAAACGGUUCCGACCGGUAUACCGACCGGUUUGACCAGUUUACCGGCCGGUUUGACCGGUUUACCGGUGUUUUAACCAAAAAAUCCGCAAAGGUGAUUUCCCAGUUUGACCG